CUGGAGAGGACCAAGGCUUAUCCCAGGGAAAAGGAAUCAGGUUUUGAAACUGACUUCCAGAGCUCCACUGCCUCCCUGCACCAUGCCCUACAACUUCUGCCUGCCCAGCCUGAGCUGCCGCACCAGCUGCUCCUCCCGGCCCUGUGUGCCCCCCAGCUGCCACGGCUACACCCUGCCCGGGGCCUGCAAUAUCCCCGCCAAUGUGAGCAACUGCAACUGGUUCUGCGAGGGCUCCUUCAAUGGCAGCGAGAAGGAGACCAUGCAGUUCCUGAACGACCGCCUGGCCAGCUACCUGGAGAAGGUGCGUCAGCUGGAGCGGGACAACGCGGAGCUGGAGAACCUCAUCCGGGAGCGGUCCCAGCAGCAGGAGCCCUUGCUGUGCCCCAGCUACCAGUCCUACUUCAAGACCAUUGAGGAGCUCCAGCAGAAGAUCCUGUGCAGCAAGUCUGAGAAUGCCAGGCUGGUGGUGCAGAUCGACAAUGCCAAGCUGGCUGCAGAUGACUUCAGAACCAAGUACCAGACGGAGCAGUCCCUGCGGCAGCUGGUGGAGUCCGACAUCAACAGCCUGCGCAGGAUUCUGGAUGAGCUGACCCUGUGCAGGUCUGACCUGGAGGCCCAGAUGGAGUCCCUGAAGGAGGAGCUGCUGUCCCUCAAGCAGAACCAUGAGCAGGAAGUCAACACCUUGCGCUGCCAGCUUGGAGACCGCCUCAACGUGGAGGUGGACGCUGCUCCCGCUGUGGACCUGAACCAGGUCCUGAACGAGACCAGGAGUCAGUAUGAGGCCCUGGUGGAAACCAACCGCAGAGAAGUGGAGCAAUGGUUCGCCACGCAGACCGAGGAGCUGAACAAGCAGGUGGUAUCCAGCUCGGAGCAGCUGCAGUCCUACCAGGCGGAGAUCAUCGAGCUGAGACGAACGGUCAAUGCCCUGGAGAUCGAGCUGCAGGCCCAGCACAACCUGCGAGACUCUCUGGAAAACACACUGACGGAGAGCGAGGCCCGCUACAGCUCCCAGCUGUCCCAGGUGCAGAGACUGAUCACCAACGUGGAGUCCCAGCUGGCGGAGAUCCGCAGUGACCUGGAGCGGCAGAACCAGGAGUACCAGGUGCUGCUGGACGUGCGGGCGCGGCUGGAGUGCGAGAUCAACACGUACCGGAGCCUGCUGGAGAGCGAGGACUGCAAGCUGCCCUCCAACCCCUGCGCUACCACCAAUGCAUGUGAAAAGCCCAUUGGAUCCUGUGUCACCAAUCUUUGUGGUCCUCGUUCCCGCUGUGGGCCUUGCAACACCUUUGGCUACUAGAUACCCUGGGGCCAGCAGAAGUAUAGCAUGAAGACAGAACUACCAUCGGUGGGCCAGUUCUGCCUCUCUGACAACCAUCAGCCACUGGACCCCACCCCGAGGCAUCACCACAAAUCAUGGUCUGGAAGGAGAACAAAUGCCCAGCGUUUGGGUCUGACUCUGAGCCUAGGGCUACUUGAUCCUCCUCACCCCAGGUCCCUCUCCUGUAGUCAGUUUGAGUUCUGAUGGUCAGAGGUUGGAGCUGUGACAGUGGCAUACGAGGUGUUUUGUUCUCUCUGCUGCUUCUACCUUUAUUGCAGUUCCCCAAAUCGCCUAAUAAACUUUCCUCUUGCAAAGCA